CUUCUUCAGCGGCUACGGUACACCGACUAAUAGAAGAAUGUUUGGAAAAAUUGCGUCAAUGGUCCACCAGGCGGCUGAAGCGCUAGCGCCAUCAAUGUCGAGCAAGGACGAGUUUGUGCAGUGUUGGAAGGCUGUAACUACUCAGUUGAUUGAGAUAAGAGAUGACAGACAGCCGGUGCAGUCGACCAAGAUACCGAAGUAUCUAGAGAGGAUGUUGGUGUUACUGAGUAAAGAAGACAAGCAAUAUCAAGAGAACACGGGUCCAUGUUUAGAAUAUUUACUUCAGCACAAGAUCUUAGAGACUUUGCAUACACUUGGCCGAGGAGAUACACCACCAGGAAUGAAGCAGCAAGUUCUCGGGUUCUUUUCUGAGAUGAUUGACUCAGUUCGUCACCCUCUUUUGCCUCAAGUUCAUGUACACAAGCCUGUUCAGAGAUUGAUCAAGUGCUGUGGUGCGAAAGUGUCACCAACUGAAAGUGAGGAAGUUGAUUUUCUACUUGCCUUAUGCCAGAAGUUUAGAAAGGAACCAUCGUUAGUUAACUUCUUUAUUGAGACGUAUGGAACGGUGUCACCUGCUCCUGAUCAGGCAUCUAAACCAAGCUUGAAGUUUGAUCUUCUAAUUGCCCUUCUUCAGCUCAGCAAGAGUGAGGAUUAUUCGGUUGCCUUAAAGGCUUAUGAAGGAUUGAUCGUGUGCACAUCGUUACCACAGGAGAGUGCAGCUAAUGCUAUAGCAGCAAACUCGACAUACUGCCAGCAAGUGGUGAGACGUCUAGUUGAUCGAUAUAAAGCUCUUCCUAUUGCUCAAGAUGGUACCAGUACGGACCUCUAUUCUGUAACAGCCAAAUGGGGCCUAGCAGACGCUGUAAAUCAGAAAGCUAACCCCGGUCAAUCUGCUGAUGUCACCGCUCUUCGUCUGUUUUUUGCAUGGCUCGACUACAUUGACAAAGUUGUUGCUACAGCUCAUCCUAUUAUUGUUGACAAAUUAGUGAAAGGUUUGUCGGAGAUGUUCAUGAGUCACUGUCUUUUGCCUCUGUUGCUUCACCCACGCGAGGAUUACAAAUUGGCGUCUACGAAUUAUUUGACAAGGAUACUCCAGGUCAUCUCGGCUCCAGCUCUGGUUCAUGAAUUUGCCGUUUUCUUGCUGGGAGCAGAUUUGAAGCCCGAGGAACGUCAUUCUUCUUCGAUCAGUCACAAGCUUCGACAUGCACUGAUCCAACAUUGUGACCACGUAUCAGAACAGCUAAGUAUGGCAACACUGCAUUUGUUCAGUGCACUCUUGGCUUUGCCCACAGAGCAUGUGAUUGAAAAUCUCGUUCUAAGGAAUCUUGAGACUCGCUCUUAUCACUCUAGUCCGAAUCAUUCUGACUUAUCAUAUCUUUUACCACAAAAACUUUUAUCUGACUUUGCAAUCAGAGAAGCUUCGUCUCGUGCCGGUGAUAUAACAAGCAAUGGUUUGUGCAAUGGUGGCAUAGAGAAACAGGCAGACGUCCUUCAUAGCUUGGAUAGUUCUGUAACCGAUGGUACUGAGUUGUCUCAAUCGAUAUCUCCUAUUGGAUCUCCAUUAACGUCGCCUGCGUGGCUUUCAAGUCCGUCUCACUCACACCAGUCGAACAUGAUAUCUCCACCCCAAUCGCAAUCAGGGAGUCAACAAUGGAGUGUCUCGUCUGCUGCCCUACAGCAGUAUUUUCAGACAUCAUUUAGUGCGACUUGGCCAUCACUCGAUGUGUCACACGUAGCAAUAGGAAGUAGAGAUCCGAUGCUGCGUGAGCUGGCAAAGAUGCGCAUCGUAUGUGAUCCAAGUUUACUCGAGACAACUGUCAACGGAUUUUUGGAUAUUAUUCCUUUCGAUUUGCAAGUUUCUAGUGUAGAAAUCGGUAGCACUUGCUAUGAGGCUUACCUUCAUGAUGCUUUACGAAAAGUUGAUCAAUGCAACUUGCACUGUCGUGGAUGGACAUGGACUGUUCCUAGCUCAAUACAAGAGAGACAAUCAUCUUUCUAUGAGGGGACAUUUUUGGAAAUUGUGUUCAACAUGGUUCUCCGCAUGCUCGAUCAGCCGUAUUCAAUGAAUCUUCAGCUGACGGGUCUUCUUAGUCAGCUUGCGUCAUUUGCUCACCCAUUGAUGCACGAGUACCUUUUGGAUGCUAAAGUUCCUUUGGCACCGGGUGCACGGAGCUUGUACUCAGUUCUUGUCAAGGUUCGAGACGAUCUCGUUGUUCGAGUACAGAGAAUGCCGCAUUUUGUGUCGUCUCUCAUGGAAGCACGUCGCAGAUUGACAGGCCAAGGCACAGCCGACCUAAUAAGCAUGCCGAACAACACAAUAUUCGAAGGAGUUGUCGUACUCGAAGAAUUUUGUAAAGAAAUUUCGGCAAUCACGUUUGCCAAAUCAGUUGUGGCUCUUCAGGAUUCUAGUUGAAAGGUAUUAUUAGUUGAGAGUAUUAAAAACACAACAACGAUGGUUCGAUAAGACUUUUUGAGAGCUUAAUUGCCACAUGAUUGCAACCAUGUUGUAGAUGGCAGUGGACAUGUUUUUACGGCUACUGUGUGUGGUAGUAAGUAAACUCGGGAGACUAUUUAAUUAGCGUUUGUAGACAUGCGAAUAUUGUUGAAAUUAGGAUGCUACCGACGGCUUACUAUA